GGCUUCUCAGUUCAUGUGAAGAAAGCAAAAUUGAAGGCUGUGUAAUUGAACCUGAGGGUCCCUCUUGUAUAUUCCUGCCUGUUUCAGUUUCCAGCGGCCCUGGUUAAAAUCUACAAAAAGCCAACCUAGGGCCACAGGAUGGGAUCAGUGACAUUCCAGGAUGUGGCCGUGGACUUCACCCUGGAGGAGUGGCAGCUGCUGCGAUGUGCUCAGAGGAAGCUGUAUUGGAAUGUGAUGCUGGAGAACUUUAGAAACCUCAUCUCAGUGGAAGUUAUCUGCUUACUUGAUGAUGAGCUAGAGGGACAGGAAGGAGAAGGAAGCAAAGACAAAUUUUUAAACCAAGGUAUGUUCACCUUCAAGAAAACACUGACCAACAAGACAGUCCAAAAUUGUAAACUGAGUAUAAAUUUUAUUUCUUCAAGACAAAAACAACAUAAGUGUGAAUCAAAUGGAAAGUGUUUGCAACCUAACAUACUUUCUUAGUUAGAAUAAAAGUUAUAUCAGAGAAAACUCAUGAAUACAAGGAAUGUGGAAAAGCCUUCAGAAACAAGUUGUGUCUUAUUAGACAUGAAAAAAAGCACAGAAGGAAAAAAACCUUUGGGUGCAGUGAAUGUGGGAAAGCCUUCCAAAAAGAAGUCUCGUCUCAUUAGACAUGAAAAAAGCAUACAAGAAAAAAAAAACACCUUUGAACGCAGUGACUGUGGGAAAGCCUUUAACAGUAAGGGACACCUUGCAGCUCAUCAAAGAAUUCAUAGUGGAGAGAAACCCUUUGUGUGCAGUGAUUGUGGGAAAGCUUUUACGCAUAAAGCACAACCCGUGGUCCAUCAGAGACUCCACACUGGAGAGAAGGCUUAUGAAUGUGGUCAAUGUGGGAAAUCAUUCACCUGGAACUCCUCCUUUACUCAGCAUGUGAAAUCGCACACACCUGAGAACUCAUUUGAAUGUAGGGAGUGUGGGAAGAGCUUCAAGUAUAGCUCAUCCCUUUAUAAACACUCCAGAAUCCAUACAGAUGAGAAACCAUACCAAUGCAGAGAAUGUGGCAAAGCCUUUGCAGACUCAUCAGUGUUGAUCAUGCAUCAGAGAAUUCAUACAGGCGAGAAACCCCACGGGUGCACUGAAUGUGGCAAAGCCUUCAUCAAGAGAUCACAUUUCCUUAAACAUUACUCAACUCACAGAGAGCAACAAAAUAAAUGCAACACAUGUGGGAAAUCUUUUAACUGGAAGAUACAUCUCAAUCUCCAUCAAAGAAGUCAUAAAAACAAGGGAGCUUUGUUAAAUGUGGGAAAACUUAAAAUUAGCCUUUUACUGAAGCAGCAGCAAAGAAUUCAUCAUGAGAAAAACCCUAUCAGUUAAAUAAAUGUGGAAAAGCAUGUUCUGAAAUUCAUGUUCUAUAAGUGAUAUUACUAAUUUUAUUGAAAAGAUUACAGGAAAUUUUGAGCUACAGACAACUUUACAGUAAAACUGAGGAAGUUGUGAAAAAAUUGAAUUAAGGCAUCAGACUGACUAUAAUUGCAUGUGUACACUGCCCCUAAUUUAUGAUUUUUACACAAUUUAUACAAAUGUCUGCAUUGCUUAAGAAAUUUGUAUAACUGUGGGUUUGAAAUAUAUGCUAUGCACAUUAUACA